CUUCUCCUCUAUUCAGACAGUUCUUUCUUUCUUUGCCAGUGUUACCUGAACAUUCCUUGUCAACAGUACGAAGACAGUCACUUUCUUGUUGUCUUCAAAUUUUUCGAACAAAGAUGAAACGAUUCUUAACACCGUCUACUCUUUUCCUGGUUAUCGUUUUGACGAAUAUGAUCUUCGGAAGUCCUUUCUCACUAAUUAGAUUAUUAACACAUAAUCGUGCUUACGGUCCUGGAGUUAACAAAGCUUCUAAUCGUUUGGACGAUGAAAAGAAUUAUGAGAAUUCGAUAUCCGUCGAUGAUUCUGCUGCUACAGCAGACAUUAAUUUACAGGAUUACCAACAGGAUUGGACGAAAAUUACGAAGAACCCUGCGAGUUCUUUAACUGCCACAGUCGGGAACCGAAUCGAAUUACAAUGUGAAGCUAAUGGCAGUCCACCGCCACAAAUUCUUUGGUUGAGGGGAAACGAUCCGGAAAAGCAGCUAACCGAAUUCUUGAGUAAAAGUAUGGCGGAUUUUGAGAUUUCUUCCGACGGAUGGAAAGGACUCGGUCAGAUUGUUUCGAAACUCGUCAUAGAAUGUGUUACGCCAAACGAUCAAGGUUUAAUUUAUUGCGCAUCCGUAGCCGGCAAAAAAAUGCAAUUGUCCAGUCCAACCUUACUUUUGGUCAAUGGAGAGAAUGGAAACAGCAGUUGUAACAGCGAAAAUAAACCCACGAUAACUCUGCAUUCACCGAUGAGAUUUGCUCUGAUUGGAUCUACGGUCGUUUUGCCAUGUAGAGCUACAGGCAAGCUGAGACCUUAUACGUAUUGGUUGGACAAUAACGCGGCGGUUAUACAUUCGUCUUCGAAUCCACGACACAAGAUCUUAAGAAACGGUGAUUUAGUCAUAGAUCCACUCGAAUGGACAGACAUGGGAAGUUUGACCUGUUACGCGAAAUCCGAUUACAAGGAAGACAGUGUAACAACAUUCCUUUAUCCGAUGGUAGACGAAAAGAAGAAUUUCUGAAUGUGGAUAUAAAAUUAAAAAGAAAAAAAAAAAAACGAACAAAAAACGAAAAAGAAAAAUUGAAAAAGGCCUGUUGUCAAUGUUCUCAAAUUCGUAUGAUUAUACUGAUCCACGAUUUAAAAGAGUGAAAGUAUUGCUUGAGCAGUAUGCAAAUACGGUUGAUUCAUUUCGAGCGUCGGUUUAAUAUGUUUGUCCUUUCGAUCGCCAUUCGCUCCGAGAAAUUUUUCUAACGAAGUACACCUUCGAGCGCAUUCAUGCAAUGAUUGCUAUAAAUCAAACUGGAUACGACCAGUUGAUCUUCCGACGAAAUUAUCGUAGCUUUCUUCUCUUCUCGUUUAUUCUUCUUAUGAUAAUACAGAUGCACACACAAACGCACGCGCGCGCGCGCGCACACCAUCGCUGAAAUUAUACUGUUUGUCGAGCUAUAACAAUGUAAUUUUUCUGUUUGAAAUUUCUUUCUAUUUCAUACCUUUAAUGAAUAUAUUUUUAAUAUGUGAGUAACGAUCGUAUAUGUCGGUAUUAGAAAAAAAAAAGAACAGUAGUUAUGCUUGAGUAUAUAUAUAAUUUUAAACGAUGUACUUAUUUGUUUGUGUAUUGUGCAAACUGUUUGUUCAUAGUUUUAUAUAUAUUUUUUAUUAUUUUUUUUAAAUUUUUAUUAUAUUUUUAUAUACGUUGAUAUUUAGAUUAUAUUAUGUAAGAGCUUUUUCAGACUCAUUGUUAUUGUCAAUGGAUCGCUACCUCGAUUGUGCAUUAAACAAAGAGAGUAUCUUUAUCAGUAUUAUUAUUACAUUAAGAAAUAAUGACGAUGUCUUGUCGUUUCUCCACAUCGAUGCUUCAUAACAUAAAUUAAUAUAAAAUGUAAAACUCAAUAAAAAGCAGAAACAUGUAUUAGCAA